UUUUUGUAAAAUAAAAUUGUCAUAGAUGACUUAACUGAAGUCACGCGUCGGCAGCGCGUUGACCAGCACAAGUAGACAUGUUUCACAUCGAGUUAGGAAGUCGGUCCAGCCACUAGCUGCUCUGCUAACGUUGCUGUGUGUUGACGCCGUAUUUGACGGUGCUAUGUGGCGGCUAGCAGCGUUAGCGUGGAGCUAGCACCGUUUUCUAAACCUCCGUGUUUUGGACGAGGGGUGAAGUUAGACAGGGGGUGACAGCCGUGAUUGUCGGCGCCGAUCUGUGUGCGAAAGCUGCUGGGUCCCGAGUCGGGUAGGUGGUGACAACAGACCGACCCAACCCACCGCCCAGUGAGCUUGGCCUCUGUUCACCUGCUUCUCAGAUAGGACGUGAGCAAGGGGGCGGGGCCACCCGGCAGGUAGGAGGGAUGCCUGUGGAGGGCGGAAGCAGCAGUGGGUCUGCCUCAGCUGCCCGCCACCCCAAGCAGAAACGCAAGGCUCACAGUUUGUCCAUCCGGCGCACCAACAGCACAGAGGACAGGUCCCCAGGUGUCCAAAGAGGAGACAUGCUGGAGGGACAGGACUCCAAGCUGCCCCUCUCCUUACGGAACAAUCUUCUUGACCUUUUCGGCCAAAUUGAGCGCGAGUUUGAAAAUCUAUACAUCGAAAACCUUGAAUUGCGCCGGGAAAUCGACUCCCUGAAUGAGCGUCUGACCGGAGACGGACAGAUCAUUGAGGGAGGAGACCCCACCAAGGGAGCCCUGAAAACAAAAGCCAGCCACAGCACCAGUCAACUGUCACAGAAGCUGAAGACGACCUACAAAGCCUCUACCAGCAAGCACCCUCUCCAUGGCAAAUUAGGUGGACCUCGCAAUUUCAGUGUGGCCUCAUGGGAGUUGUGGGGCGGAGAUUCAUGGAUUGUGUCCAGUUUCAAAGCCACUGCAGGAUCCCGGGCUUUGUGCCAGUUGCUCAAGGAGUACGUGGGCCACCGGGACGGGAUCUGGGACCUCAGCAUCACCCGAUCUCCACCGGUAGUUCUGGGCACGGCCUCCGCAGACCACUCGGCUCUGCUGUGGAGCAUAGAGACUGGGAAAUGUCUGCUGAGGUAUGCUGGUCAUGCUGGAUCAGUCAACUCCAUCAAGUUCCACCCCACGGAGCAGAUGGCCCUCACAGCCUCUGGGGACCAGACAGCACACAUCUGGCGCUACAUGGUGCAGCUCCCCGCCCCGCAGCCGCCACCAGAUGUCAGUGCUCUGUGUGAUGACGACCAGGACUCGUCGGACAGAGAGGAAGGAGAGGUGGACGGAGAUGGCCCCUGCGAGGUGCCCACCAUCCGGGUCCCUACGGCGACCCUGAAGAGCCACCAGGGUGUAGCGAUCGCAGCUGAUUGGUUGGUUGGGGGUCGACAAGUGGUGACAGCUUCCUGGGAUCGUGCUGCCAACCUGUAUGAGGUGGAGACGUGUGAACUGGUUCACACGCUCACUGGCCACGACCAGGAGCUGACCCACUGCUGUACCCACCCCACCCAGCGGCUGGUGGUUACCUCAUCCAGAGACACCACCUUCAGACUGUGGGACUUCAGAGACCCGUCCAUCCACUCUGUCAAUGUCUUCCAGGGACACACCGACACGGUGACGUCGGCUGUGUUCACGGUGGGCGACAACGUGGUUUCAGGCAGCGACGACCGCACCGUCAAGGUGUGGGAUCUGAAGAACAUGAGGUCGCCCAUAGCGACCAUCCGCACUGACUCGGCUGUGAACAGGAUAAGUGUCUCUGCCAACCAGAGGAUCAUCGCUCUGCCACACGACAAUCGACAAGUCCGACUGUUUGACAUGAGUGGGGUGAGGCUGGCCAGACUUCCACGCAGCAACAGAAUGGGUCACAGGCGUAUGGUGUGUUGCACCGCGUGGAACGAGGAGAACCAGUCGUGCAACCUGUUCACCUGCGGCUUCGACCGACAGGCCAUCGGCUGGAACAUCAACAUCCCCGCGCUGCUGCAGGAGAAGUGAUGCCACUGAGACACGCACACGCACGCAUGCGCACGCACACACACACGCGCGGUGGAGUCGGAGACUGAUCAGAAUCUGUGUAUAUAUAUAAUAUGGUACAAAUAAACACUGUAACCUGCGGACCUCGUACACGCUCGUAUGACGGAAGCGUUUACCCUGUGAAACACGUUCGUCAGGAAUGUGUGAAAUACUUUGUUCAUUAUCACAGUGUUGUUGAUGUUUUUUAGGAAGUUGCUGUUAACAUCAAACGAUAAGACCAUCUUAUUCCCCAGAUUAAUUUAUUCUGCCUCUCACUGUGGACAUGUGCAGAGCGUCUCCUGGCUCAGAGUGUGUACGAGGUCACAGAGCUGCUCCUCUGUAUUUGAGCCCUUCACUUAUUUAGCAUGGAUUGUUGUUGUGACCCGUUCAUCUCCGUUUAACGACACAUCUGACUCCACAGGCUGCUGUUCACGUCACUGCUGAACAAAAGCUCUUGCAUGUAGAUAAACUAAAACAAAGUUUGCGGCCAGGACGGUUUGUAGAACACGAUUUAAAGACAUUAUUUAUAUAUAUCGUUGUGGUCCCGUGUUGCAGUUUUUUCACAGUGCUCCACCUGUCUGAGGGUGGAGCUUGGUGAAGACGACCCGGGGGUCUGUGUCAUGUUUUUAUCCUCUUAGUAUAAAAAGUUUUUUCUUAUCACCGAGCCAAACGUAUCAUAUUCAUGCCUGCGCGUCGUCUUAAAAUGUUUCUGACAGGACCUGCUCUCACCAGUUCAGAUUCCAGUCAUUGCCUCCUGUUACCUUUGAUGCUUUCAGUUCACGGCCAGCCUAUAUCUAUAUAUAUAUAUACAUUUAAUAUUUCAAACGUAUGAUACUGUAAUUCUGCCUUGUUCCAUGUUUACAGUAGGAUUUGAAACAAUUUAAGUUUUGCUCUUUUCUGCCUUUUCUGUCAGGAUGCAAAGUGUCAAGAGCGUAGCAAUAAUUGGAAAAAACUGCACCUCUGUUGCUCACAAAUCCUCCGUGGACAAGAAGUGUUCAACAUGAUCGUGUUAUAUGAAAUAUUAACCAGAGGGUGUAGGUGUCCAUCCUCUUCCCACACAGACUCUGUGAUCCCCAGAGUGAGUUUGUCGGUCACUGCUCAUGUCUGUGCUUCAGCGAACAGCCUGUUGAUAUCGAAUUACUGUGUUGACACUUUACAUUUGACCCCUGAGCCUAGUGUGCGACCUCUGGCCCCUCGCUCUGUAGACGAAGCAUUUUGGUGCGUGAGAAGUCCCCAUUUAUCCCAAAGCACAAGCAAUAACCCGGCCCCUCGAUGUUUCCGAUGUGUCUUUUCUCAGACGUCGGUGAAUAUGACCCAACGCUCACGCUGAAUCUCCGUUUGAAGGUUACACAGUAAACUUACUUGUUACACAUGAGCAAUAUCCCAAACAUGAAGUCAGGUGUUUAACUUGCGUCAGUGCUGUAAAUCCCAUGAGAGGACUCAUUGUACUUGUGUGACUGGUGUAGAUGUCGCUCGGCGUACGUAGAUGUGCUCCGGCUUCAGACGACUAUUCACUAGUUUCUACCAACAAUAGAGCUGGGGUGUUUCUUUUUCUUUUUUAAAGAAGCAUUAACCUUAAAAAUGUAAUAAUCUUAUAGAAAAGCCUUAAAAGUGGUGCAUUAGCUGUAUCCAACUGAGCAUCAAUGCAGUUUUCCAAAUGCUUAUUAAAUAACUAAUUGUGUUCCGCUGCACAGUGCAGAUGGAUUUUUACUUCUCCUUCAUGCAGGGAACUCAGUCCAGCGCCCGACUGGUAUCAGUGUCAUUUUAAUCUGCAGGUAGAAAAGCAUGUAUAAUUUGUGCCCCACAUAUGAAUUCUAACUCGGAGGAAAUAUGAUUUUGGAUUGAUACAUUAAAUUACUGCGUGCCGGAUAGAAGAGGAAGAAUAGGCUUCACUUCAUUGUAGUGAAUCAUAUUCACCUCAAACUUCAUUAUGUGGUCUACUUUGCAUACUUUAUUGUGACGGGUACGUGCUCUCUGACACUUUCCAAUAAAAAUGUGUGAUUUCCUUUU